AUGCUCUCGAUAUUACGGAAAGCGAGAUUGAAGGACAAAGAGAUGCGCAUUUUGAUGCUGGGACUGGACAAUGCGGGCAAGACGACUAUAGUCAAAAAGAUUAUGGGCGAAGAUGUCAACAGCGUGAGCCCAACUUUGGGGUUCAUUAUUAAGACUAUAGAUUAUGAGGGAUAUAAGCUUAACAUUUGGGAUGUUGGUGGCCAGAAAACACUUCGAUCAUAUUGGAGGAAUUACUUUGAAAAGACUGAUGCCUUGAUCUGGGUUGUGGAUGCGACAGACCGGCUGCGGAUCGAAGACUGCAAAGAGGAACUACACGGCCUGUUGCAAGAAGAGAGGCUCUCGGGUGCAAGCUUGCUUGUAUUUGCGAAUAAAACGGAUGUAAAUGGAUGCAUGGAUGAAGCAGAAAUCCAGGAGGGACUUCGAUUGAACGACAUCAAAACUCACAAGUGGCAUAUCAUUCGUUGCAGUGCCAUCACGGGUGCAAAUCUCCAAGAAGGUCUAGCAUGGGUUGUACAGGAUGCCAAAGCAAGGUUGUUCCUAUACUGA